UAAAACCAGAAAUAUAACAAAACUUUGCUAAUAAGUCAUAAAAUUAUAUUAUAAAAACACCCGAUUCUAGUUGCCCAAUAAUCUCACCAAAACGAACGCGCAGAUUGAAAACAGUAUGUAAAAACCUUGGCCAUUCCGUUUUGCAUCAGCUGUCAAUAUUGUGCUGCAAAAAAAAACUACGACCAAAAGAAUAUCGUGCGGAACGAAGUGAAAGAACAUAAAGAAAUUAGCUCGAUAUCGUCUGGUGCGAGGUAAUUCUGAUGCGUUUUAGUUUCCGGUGUCGAUAAAUGUAUGCAAAAGUUUCACCAAUUGAUGAUGCAGUUGGUUUUUCGUGUGGCAUGUGAUUAAACGCGAGUGUGUGCAGGUGCUCUGCAUUGUGAUUCAUACGGCGAAUUACGAGAAGAGAACUCACAUUCCCCUAUUCACAAGAUUUAGCCCUCGGCACAAAAGUAGUUUGCAGUUACGCCUAGGCAAGAAAAAGCAGCAGGCCACGAAGCGAAAAGCCCAAUUAUUGAGAUAGGCGUGCAAGUGCAGGGACGCGAGUGCAUCAUUGCUUUCAGCCGCAGCUGGGAUGCACAAACCGUGUGGUGCUCCAUGAAGGGAAGUGGAAUGCUUAUUCCCUAGCCCCCAUCCCGUACUCCUGUGUUUCGAUGAUUAAUCCUCUCGAUCGUAUCAUCCGGUGCAUCAAUUCAGCCGUGUUCGUAGCUCAACCGUACCGUGCUGUUGUGUCCGUGGUGCAGUUGGUAUAAAAUUCCGCACGAUCGCGGGUAUGCGAUCACAGGUCAGCAGCAUCCAGACAACGUUUCAAUCGCCGCACGGUUCAUCACCGUCCGGCUCACCGGCGCUAACCAUCGGUUCCUUCAUGACACCACAGAGGCCACCCCGGAGAAGAGCCCAGUCGAUGGGAAACUCGACCUACGGUUCGAGUCCGGCUCUAUCGUCCCAUACUCCCCGAGGAUCACUUUUUACAGCUAACGAGGAAGAUGUGUGCUACGUGCGCAUCAAGGUGCUGGGAGCGAGCGGAUUGGCGAAAAAGGACAUCUUCGGGUACAGCGAUCCGUACGUGAAAAUCGAACAAAACACCAUCACCGGCGACAUCAACGUGGACCACAUGGUGACGAAAACGAAACGCAGGACUUUGAACCCGGUCUGGAAUGAGGAGUUUGUGUUUCGCGUCAUGCCAAACGAGCACAAGCUGGUCUUUCAGGUGUACGAUGAAAAUCGGCUUACGCGGGACGGUUUCAUGGGGCUGGUUGAGCUAACGCUGAUCAAUUUACCUCAUGAAAGCGAUGGCCGUACGAUCACGCCCCAGCGAUAUACACUCCGGGCCAAGCGCCAAUUCAGUUUACGCAUCACCACAAAGGUACGCGGCACACUUGAGCUGUACCAUGCAAUCAUGCGAAAUGAUGAUCCGGCCAUCGGAAGAACGCGAUCCGCGAUCAGUGUUAGUAAUCGUUCAUCUGCCACGAGCACACCGGUGGCAACGCAUCGAACUACAGGAUUGUAUCCACAGCAGCAACUUCCACCAAAUCAUCCCAGCAUUCGACCGUAUGCUGAUCUGGCUGCACUACCGCAACCAGACCCAUUGCCACCGGGUUGGGAAGUACGGCAGGAUCCUGUAGGCAGAAUGUAUUAUGUCAAUCAUAUCGCACGAACUACUCAAUGGGAAAGGCCGAGUAUCGUGGCGGCGCAACCGGGACUGAAUGAAAUGGUGGCCGCGUUUCAGCGACGUUUCCACAUCAGCAACGAUCCGGACAACGGAGGCAGUGGUAGCAAUAAUACAAGCAUGGCCGACACUGUCAGUAUUAUUUCGGAGAAUGGUGAAAACGGCGAAACGGCCAAUGCAUCAUCUACUGGCAUCUCUUCACCAAUGUCCGUGCAGCAUGCAGGUGAUGGUGGACCCGAACGAUCGGGUCCUACGUCACUACGUCGUGGUGAUAUAGACAUUAUGGGCCUUUCUCCUUCUCCGUCAAACACUUCUAUCGCUAGCAGUGCGAACGGUGGAACGAUACGCCCCAUACGUCCGGCCCCGCUACCACCAUCAUCUACGUCAACAUCCUCAGCCCGUGCUAGUCCAGUCGGUACGCCGGUACCCAGUCAACGACGGCGAUCGUCCCCAGGCAGCGGCGAAAAUGUUCUCCCACCAAGCGACGAGAAUGGAGAGUCUUCCUCUACUACGGUUGUAGCGCCUGAAGUUGACAAUAAUACCGUAUCUUCCGUGUUCACUGCCGGCACGGAAAAUGGGGAUGCUGAUGCUGAAAGCACGUCCAAUGUUCGGGAGAUCAGUGAGACUGCAUCGUCUUCCACCAUUGGUGAUCAGUCGCGGUCGGACUCAUCGAUUACUUCCACCGGACCGCAACCUUCUACUCCGAGCCAACCUACGUCCCCAUCACCGACCACGGCAGUAAAUGCGCCAAAUGCUACCGGUCUACCACCAGGCUGGGCGGUACAAGUGGCAGCGAAUGGGCGUUUAUUUUUUAUCGAUCACAUUAACAAAACCACCUCUUGGGUUGAUCCUCGAACUGGGCUUGCAAGUCCUAUGCCGAGCGCUGCCAAUGAUAGUUCCGGCCCAGCUGGCAGCGUUGGUUCGACGGACGGAGCAGGCGGAAGUCGCGGUGAUGCACGUUCCUCGGACGACAAUUUAGGCCCACUGCCGGAAGGUUGGGAGGAGCGCGUACACAACGAUGGUCGAACGUUCUUCAUCGAUCACAAUACGCGCACUACGCAGUGGGAUGAUCCACGGCUGUCGAAUCCAAAGAUCGCUGGUCAGGCUGUACCGUAUUCGCGCGACUACAAACAAAAGUAUGAGUACUUUAAGAGCCAACUGCAGAAACCUAGCAACGUGCCAAACAAGAUCGACAUCAAGGUGCGAAGGGCUUCGAUUUUGGAAGAUUCCUACCGUGUGAUCAAUUCGGUUACGCGGCUCGAUCUACUCAAGACAAAGUUGUGGGUCGAGUUUGAAGGUGAAACGGGGCUAGAUUAUGGCGGGUUGGCACGUGAAUGGUUCUAUCUGCUAUCGAAAGAGAUGUUCAAUCCAUACUACGGACUGUUUGAGUAUUCGGCGAUGGACAACUACACACUGCAGAUCAAUCCAAACAGUGGAUUGUGCAACGAAGAGCAUCUUAACUACUUCAGGUUCAUUGGACGUAUCGCAGGAAUGGCCAUCUAUCACGGAAAGCUGUUAGACGCGUUCUUUAUAAGACCAUUCUAUAAAAUGAUGCUGCAAAAGCCCAUCGACCUAAAGGAUAUGGAGGCAGUCGAUACGGAGUAUUAUAACUCCCUGCUUUACAUCAAAGAGAACGAUCCAAGCUCGCUGAUGCUGACCUUUAGUGUGGAUGAGGAAAGCUUCGGUACGACGAAUCAACGAGAGCUUAAACCAAAUGGUGCGGACCUAGAAGUGUGCAACGAUAACAAGGACGAGUAUAUCCGGCUCGUUAUCGAUUGGCGUUUCGAAGCGCGCGUUAAGGAUCAGAUGCAGGCAUUCUUGGAAGGCGUCGGUUCGUUGGUACCAUUGCAUUUGCUCAAAAUUUUCGACGAAAAUGAGCUUGAGCUGCUGAUGUGCGGCAUCCAAAGCAUCGAUGUGAACGAUUGGAAAAAGAACACCAUGUACAAAGGAGACUACUAUGCAAACCACGCGGUGGUACAGUGGUUCUGGCGGGCUGUACUAUCAUUUAACAAUGAAAUGAGGGCUCGUUUGCUGCAGUUCGUAACCGGCACGUCACGUGUGCCCAUGAACGGUUUCAAGGAGCUGUACGGUUCGAACGGUCCGCAACUGUUUACUAUCGAGAAGUGGGGAACUGUCAACAAUUUUCCCCGCGCUCAUACCUGUUUCAACCGUUUAGAUUUGCCUCCAUAUGAAAGCUACGCCCAGCUGAAGGAAAAAUUAAUCAGUGCGAUCGAGGGCAGUCAAGGAUUUGCCGGUGUAGAUUAAACCGUGUUUACCUAAGACUUUGCUGAAAACUGUAAGCAAAUGUUUGCUAUUCGAUUGCCGUGCACCAAAACAACGUGUGCGUGUGUGAUCUUGACGGGAUUAUAAUUGUGUAGAUACGUUUUUUUGUUCACAUUUAUUUUAUUGGUGCACUUUAGUGUGUACAUGAAUAGGCGGGAUUCUAAUUGUUGGCGUCACUUUGCUAUACCACAAUAUUUAGCAACAGAGGCUCGCAUUCUGAAAAGGAAUUUAAAGUAUGAAGAAAGUAUAUGCGCAUGGGAAUUCUAAUCCCAAAGCCUGGAACUUGCUUAUGCGCGACACAACAUUCCAUUGUUAAAGAACAGUGUGGAAUAUCUAUAAAGCCGAUUUUAAUCAGGAAAGAUAACAACCAUUAAGAAAGUGAUAUAUGGAAAGGCAUGAUCGAAGACGUUAAGAAAUGAUGAAUGGUAUUUCAAAGCAAUCGGAAGGCAAUCGAUUAUAUAAAUGAAAUGUACUAUUUUUAGGAGAAUGUUAUCCUAACGGCAUUGAAAUACAGUCAUGAAAACAUUGGCAUAGGCUGCAUUCUAUGUUUUGAUAACAUUAGUGCCUUCAGAUACGUUUUUUCUGUCUUUCAUUUGAAUGUUUAAAGUAAGUAUUUUUUUUUUGUAAAAAAACAAACAAGGGAACUACGUACCAAUACUACUGAUUGUAAUUUUACCUGCGUCGUGUUUGCGGUGUAAAUGAAUAUGUUUUCAAUCGGUGAGAAAUAUAAAGGAAAGUUAUACUCUUAAAGCACCUACGUUCGCGUAUAUCAUACACCAAAAAAGGUUGAACACAAGAAAAAAAGAUUGUUAGUAGAUACUGAAAAUGUAUGCAUGGUCAGUGUACCUUGUACGAGAGAAUUGAAAAGAAAAAAACAGAGUUUGAGGAAACUUUAAUACGAUAGAACUGCGUGCAUUAUUUAUCUGAAACGAACCUACAAUUUAGUAGAAAAUUCUGGGAUAAACAUUUAACACAAAUCUAUUGUUACUGGUCGAACUACUAAACAAUAACGAAAAUGCUAGUUUCCGAAAAAUAUGGCUGGUGAAUUGGAUCGAUUUAUGCGCACAAAUGUUAAUCGUGAUUCUAAUGCAAAAAAAAACAUAAGCUUGCAAACUCCCGCCCAAUUACAGGUGACCAUUGUCAUCUCUAUGCAUAUAAUCGUAGUAGAAAACUAUCUGCGUUGAUAAAUACGAUUGUACUAGCCGUAGAAGUUAGGCAGAAACGGAUGUCGUAUGCAAUUUAUUUUAACAUCGGUAUAUAUUUUUAUUCUGUAGCAAUAAAAAGCAAAGGAAUAUGGCGCAGAGAAACAUUGAAAUAAAGCUAGGAGUUUAUGAAGAGAAUGAAAUUAAAAUAUACAAAAGUGAUGCUAGUUGUAAUAUUUGGUAAAAAAAAUCAAUAAAUCGGUUGCAGGAAAUAAUA